AGAGCCUCUGUCGGCAAGCCAGCUCCUGACUUUACCGCUACGGCCGUCAUGGAUGGUAGGCUAAAAGAGAUUAGUUUGAGUGCCUACACUAGUGCCAACCACUGGGUAGCCCUCAUCUUCUUCCCCAAAGCCUGGUCAUUUGUUUGUCCAACCGAGAUCCGCGCGUUCAGCGAACGCCUCGAGGAGUUCCUUUAUUCUCGCUCUUGCGCUGUUGUCUUUGCCUCGACCGACACCGAGCUUUGCCUUCGUGCCUGGAACCAUACUAAUGAGAUGGAAGGAGGUCUCGGUGGCGUCCAUGUGCCUCUCAUGAGUGACAGCAACCACAAGAUCAGUCGCGACUAUGGUGUUCUGCUUGAGGAUGAAGGUGUCGCCGAACGCGCUCUCUUCAUCAUCGAUCCCAAGGGAAAUGUCAGAAACAUCACCAUCAGCGAUGCAGAUGUUGGGCGCAGUGUCGAUGAGACUUUGCGCAUCAUCGAUGCUCUCGCCUUCAAGGAUGAAUACGGAGAGGGAUGUCCUGUCAACUGGAAGAAGGGCGAAGCUGGCUUGAAG